GUUGACGUUCCAAAACCAGACGAAAGAUCCGUCAUGACCUACGUCUCAUCACUCUACCAUGUUCUCAAUAAAAAACGGAACCAGGACCUAAAUGCGCACAGGGUGGGAAAGACGAUUAACCAAACUAUUGACCUCAGUAGCAAAAUCCAACAGUACGAAGCUUCCAUCCAAGCCCUGCUGAAAUGGAUCCGCGAUAAGACGAAUUACUUUAAAAACUCCAUCAACAGGCUGCCACCAAGCACCAAGGAGCUCAGUCAGCUCAUUAACCAAUUUACGCAAUACAGAAGAGGAGAAAAAGCUCAAAAAUCCGAAGAAGGAGCGAGGCUUGAAGAAAUUCUCUUUAAAAUCGACCUGCUGACCAAGGAGUUACGAGCACGUCCCUACAUGCCAACUAAAGCGGACCUCCAACUGACGACUCUGGAAAAAGCCUGGGAGGCCCUCGGCCAAUCAGAACACGCCUACGAACUAGCCCUACGCGAUGCCUAUAAUCGUGGUAUUCGGGACCACAUUCGUACUCAAAUAGACUCUGCCAUGAUAUCGAAAGACUCCAUCUAA